AUGAUCAAAGGGAGUGAUCCGCUGCACCAUGGCCUAAGUGAGGGGGCCGGCGGCAAUAGUCGCGGCGAUGAGAAUGACACGGUAGUUAAUAGUAAUGUUGAAGUAAUGUGCCUAGAUAUGUCGCGAUCGUCGUUGCUGGCAAACAGCACGAAGCCGCCGUCAUCUUCUUGCAGCGACACCCCAAGUAGUUGCAGUGACUCCAACAUGAGUGGGAUUGAUUUUUAUUGUCGACAGGUACCCAUAUUCUCUCAAGGAGUUGGUGUGGAUUACUUUGUUAACGGUAUGGGGGGAUAUGAAGGUCAUUUGCACCAGCAACCGCAAGGAGGGGAACUGGGAUUCGAUCAAAGGAAUAAGCAAGGUGGAAAAUCAUCUUCAUCACCAUCAAACUUUCAUCACAAUGUGAAUGAGGAGUGUUCAGCAACCGUAGCUACGCGUUUAGCAGGUGGGCUGAGCGAUGAUUGCUCGGGAAACAAUACAAGACGUAGAAACUUCAACCAUUCGAUGUGCAAUUCGCCAGAGUUGCGAUCAUGUGGCGACGAAUACGCUGCAGAAGCUCGUCGGAAUGUGCCUGGAUCAAGUAGAGGUGUAAUGGCGGCCGUAUCGCAAACACAAUCCCUUGGAAAAAGGAAAAUUGCUGAAGGCAACGUUCAGGCUAACCUUCCACUUCUCCGUGUGAGUGAUUGUGGCACGAAGACAGUUCAUAUAAUCCCUCUCGGCAACACAAAUGUCACAAGUCAGUUUAAGUGUUCGUGUUGUGAUCAUGUUUUUGAGUUAUCGUUUGUUACGAAUCAUGCAGAUAGUUCAGCAAAGGAAAAAGAUCAGGAGAGAGGACGAAAUACUGAGGUAGGCUUAACGUGCACAUACGGUAAUGGAUUAGAUUCUAAUACUGGUGAGGCAACCGCGGUUGACAGAAGUGCUGAAUUCUUGUUUCGUCAACAACCCGAUCGCGAAUCAACUUCAUUAUCACUUCUUGGAAUGAAGUUUGACAAGGGUUUCAGAGUGAGCGCUGGCUCCGUCCGUGGUAAUUACGGUUCCCACCCAGUGCAAAACGAAACCAAUGCAUCUCAGGGAGCCGUUCGUCACUCGCUUGAAGAUCGUCGACGACGGUAUCAGAGUGGAAGAUUUUCGCAGGGAACACCAAAGGAAAUAAAAGCUAACGACUCACUUUUCCCUUCGUUACCGACAUUUAGUCCAACCUCGUUUGUUCGUGCGUACGUCGGUGAGGGAAACCUGCCAUGGGAAGCAACCUUGGACAACGUACCCGCCGUUACAGUUUCCUGUUGUGUCGCCGCCUUGAACCUUAUCGCUGUGCAAUUCCUGCGGCAUCACGUUAUUGAUACGCGUGAUCAUUUUUGUCUUUUUGCCACGGGAACGUAUAUGAUAUUUGCUAGCUAUUUUGUUGCCUACUACUUUCUUGGGCACUACACGGAGUCAUUCCGACGCAUAUCCCGUGAUAAACAGUUUUACAUCAUUGCUAACCUUAUCAAGGCCGGUAUUCUUGCCUCGCUUGUGCCGUUCGCAACACUGCAUCUAAGUCGCAUUAUUUUGUUUGAUGAGUGGGACACCAACACACUCCGCAAUCUGGGCUGCAUAUACACCAUACCGGAUUUUGUAUCUAUGCUUAUUGUAAAACGCAUGAGUUGGUCGACGUGGACCCAUCACUUAUGUGUCCUGUUGUUUAACUUCUUUAGCACAAUGAACGAUUACACACAAGAAAACGUCUGUCGCUGCGUUGUCGUUUAUGCAGCAUUUUCCACGUUUGCGUACUGCGUGAAUGUAUUGCUUGCUUCGCGUUUUCUAGGUGUUAAACCAGGCGUUGCGCGGAUACUUUCACAUGUUUCAGUCGUGGCAUAUUUGUUUUUCUGCGGAUUGAAUUGGGUUUGGCAAACAUAUUACAUUCACCGGUUGCUGUACGGUGGCAAUGGCCACUGGACCGUUUACGUGUAUAUCGCUCUUGUGGGACUGGUGAUGUACGACGAUGUAACGCUUUGCCAAUGGCUGAUUCACAACGCAAGGAACACAGCAUUCGCGGCUGCACAUCACAAAGAACAACGACGAAGGCAAUGA